GUUAAAGCAGGCACUGCGCAGAGUUCAAACGUCGGACGGGCGCUCGAAACAGUAGACGAUAGGAGAAUCGCAACGCGUGGGUAGGCUAGGGCGAGUGCAGUGUGCAGUGCGUGCGGAUCGUGUAUCGCUGAAAGCUCGCGCUGCGAAGCCUCCGAGUACGGCGGCAUCGCGCGAGCGCUCGCUUCGCGUCAGUGCCGGCCCGGCCGUGCCAUAGGCAUCACGUUUCGCUAAUAUCACUAACUGUUUGCUGCUGGACAGUGACACACACUUACACAACGACAACGAUUUAUUUUAACGAUAUACUACCACGGAAGUGGACGCGAACUUAUUGCUGAAAAGUGUGAGAGACGGCAAAUGGAUCAGAGGCGCGCGGCGGCGGCGCUUCUAGCGCUGGCCGCGUGCUUUGCGUGCUCAACAGCAGCACCAACGUCUAACAACCAGACUGCCCUAGAUCUUUAUGAUGCUCCAGUUGAAGGAUGCUACUACAACUUCCAGCAUUAUAGCGAAGGUGAUCGCAUUAUGACUAACGAACCAUGUCUGAACUGCACGUGCCACAAUAGAAUGUUGAUGUGUUACUUAAGAGUUUGUCCGUUUACCAAACCUAUUGGACAAGAUUGCACGGUAGAGAAAAGAGCAGAUCAAUGUUGUCCUAUUGUCACAUGUCCUGAUGUUCCAGUUGAUCUCCUAACUUCAACCUCAACAUCAUCGCCUGCUGAAUAUGGUGCGACUGGAUUAGGGAAAUUAGAUAGAUAUGGUUGUAGCAUCAAUGGCAAAUAUUUUCCCGAAGGUUCCAAGGUUCCACCGACACCCAACAAACCUUGCGAACACUGUUAUUGUAUUCAUAACAUGACAACCUGUGUUAUGCAAGAAUGUACGCUUCACGUUGAUGGCUGCACUCCAAUAUACCACAAAGAUGUCUGUUGCCCUAUUCGGUAUUCGUGUGAUCAUUCUGAGGAUGAAAUUCCACUUUUAGAUGAUAUGACAACGACUGUUAGGCCAACGCCAGGAUUUUUACUAACAACUACAACAAUGGUACCUGUUACCCAACCCACACAAGAUUGUGUUCAUGACGAUCAAAUUUUCCCUGAUGGUGCUUUAAUUAAGACUGAAAAAGCAUGUGAACACUGUUAUUGUAUGAAAGGAGAUAUAGUAUGUGUAGUACAAGAAUGUGGAACACCUAUGGAAAAUGAAGGCAAGAACUGUACAUCUCUUCCCCCCAGGCAGGGUCAGUGUUGCCCAGAUACUUACAUAUGUGAAGGAGAUGAAACACAAACAACUGCGCCUAAUGAAGAAAUUACUACUUUAUCGCCACCUAGAAGGGUUGGAGUCGAAGGAAGUGGUUACAGAAAUGAACCAGAUGAACCUUAUACUGAAGUACCAUCAAUUGAAAGUGAAAUUGAAGGUAGUGGCGAAGAUCAACCAAUAGCAACUGUGGAAGGCUCCGAAUUAUUGACUUCUAAAUUUACACCAGAACCAACAACUGAAUACAUAUAUCAAUAUAGUACAGAACCAGAUAAAGGAUUGAAUACAGUCCCAGAUGGUGUGGUAGAACAAGGCAUCAAAGAAGAUACCCUUGUUCCACUUGCUACUGAACAACCCGAGGGUUCUACAAUAAUUUAUGAUAAAAUAACCUCAAGUCCGGAAUAUACUACUGUUAAGGAACCAGUAACUAAAAUACAAGAUGAAAUCACUUAUUCAGUUGAAACAACAACUUCUGGUGAAUUAGCUAAAUCAACUAUUGCAGAGGAAACUACAAAAUUAAAUAUGGCUGCUACUUCUGAUAAUAUGACACCAUUCGAUGAAGGAUUUAUUCUAGCAACAAAAUUACCAGAAAAAUCUGAUAGUACGGAUUCCAACUUCGAAGAGGAAUAUACAACUAUUAAACCAUCAGAUAUUGAAGAACCUUCAUUUGAAAAUACCCAUGAACAAACGACAAGCAAAAAUAUUUUAUCUCAUGAUUAUAGUACAAUCACUACAGAGAAAUCAAGUGAAACUGGAACUACCUUGAUCAAUAUUCAGGAGAACGAAAUUUCUGAAGAUCUAACUCCUGGUAGGAUACCUGGUGAAGGCGAUUGUCUACUUAAUAGUAUCACCUACAAAAAUAACUCUAUCGUUCCGAGCACAAGUAAAUGUCAUUCAAGUUGCAAAUGUGUAAGUAGCAUAGUCAAAUGUGAACCAAUAAUAUGUACUCCACCACUAGAAUAUAUGGAAAAUAUGAAUGAUUGCCAUCCUAUUUAUGAUUCACCAGAAUCAUGUUGUCCGACUUAUGUUUGCAAUACAAAAGAAACUGUAGCACCUGAAUCUCACAGUCAAAUGUCCGGAACAGAGUCACCAAAGCCAACUAUAGAAUGUGCGGGUGAUGAAUGUAGGAUUGUUCAAGAAAGUAAACCAAUAGAAGGUCAUGAAGAUAAGGUUGACUGUGGUGAAACUGGUUGUUUAGAAACAUCCGUAACACAAAAGGAUUUAGAAGGAUGUAUUGAUGGUAAGUGUGUUUACAAUAGCCCUCAACAUCCCAUAACUGAAACUAAGCCAUGUGAUUCUGAUAGUGGCUGCCAAGCUCCAGUAAUCAAACCAUGCGACACCGACAAUUGUGAGACAAAAUUAGAAUCGCCUAUCCAUGAUGGAAAUGAAGUAAAGCCUAUAGAUACUAUUCAACCAAAUAAUGAGGAAGAAAUUCUAUGUAAAGAAGAAAAUUGCCGCCGAAAAGAACAUGGUGAUGUUGGUCAAGAAACACCGUGCGCAGGUAAUGAUUGCUUGCAAAAAGAAAUUGUUUCUCAGACCAUUGGAAGUGAAGUAACUACACCGAAAAUAGAGGCAGAUAAAUCAGUAACAAAAACAGACGCAUACGAAACUGAACAUCCUAAAGACGGAACUAUAGCAGAAAGUGAAAGUACUACAAAGUCAGAACCAUCAGAGGCAGGAGAAAUUUAUGCAGAGUCUACAACUACAGCUGGACUUUACACUGAAAAACUCCAAACGACAUCCUCUCACGUGACAGAACAAAACAAUGAAGGUCCUUAUCAAGGAGAAAUGGACACUCCGUCUGUUCCAAUAUCUGACAUUACUACUGAACGUUUUGAGACAGCUGUCUCUAAGGAAGAUGAACAAACUACUGUGACUUUACUAUCAGACGACCAUAAAAUAAAUACACCUAGCCUUGAAAAUGAUCAUAUUGAUGAGCACAAUGCAGUUGUAACAGAAAGCUAUGAGACUGAAAAACAGACUACUGUAAAAGAAACUGAAAAUGAGUCCGAAUUAUCUACGGUUAGCGAAGAAUUUAAAAUAACAACAACUAAGGCAGAAACAGAUAUAUCAGAAAUUACAAAAGAAAUAACGACAGAAUCUUUCGGCCCAGAAUCGACUAAAAACGAUGUAACUACGUUAACACCAAAUCGAGAGACUGAAAUAUUAGACCAUUCUCAAAUUACACAAACUUCCGAUGUAGUAACUCCUUCCUCCUUCCUUGAUGAUAAGACCACCAUAGAAGUUAUGUUUGAAGAAAGAACAUCAACAAAUGCACCUAAAAUAUUGACGACAAUUUCUGAUGAAACUUACACACAGAAUGAAAACAUUGUCACUGACAAGGAAACUGUUCAUGACGAUCAUACAGACAAAUCACAUGAUGGACCAUUCCAUUACGUGACGGAGCGCAUUGAAACCACAACUAUGACAUAUCCUGAAACUGAUUCAGUAUCAAGGGUAACCUUCUCCGAUACAACAAGUCAUGAUAUUCCAGCUCAAAAUAUAGGAGACAAAGAAACAACACAAGUUCUUGAAUCAUCCACUAUUUCGAUAGAAAUACUCGAAGAAGAUGAAAAACAUGAACAUUCAAAUAUUCCUGAAGAUUCAACAUCAAUAACAGAUAAUACAAUAGAAUCUUCUACGCCAGCUCAUGGAAAUAAAGACACAGAAAAUGAAGAUGAAUAUGAAAAAAUUACCAGUGCUCAUGAACCUUUUGUAACACUUUCUCCGAAAGACAAAGACUUUGAAAACCAACAGGAACACGAAACAAUAACUACUGCACAAUUACCAGAACAAUUUACUCAAGAAGAAAUAAAUACAACUCCAUCUAUUCAAGAUGAUAUAAAUCAAUUUUCAGAUUCACAAAAAACUCAAGAAGAAGAAAUAAAGACAACUCCAUCUAUUCAAGAUGAUAUAAAUCAAUAUUCAGAAUGUAAAGGUAGCUAA